UGAUAAAUGAAAAUGUUAAAUUGAUUAAUUUAGAAAAUGAAUUCAAGAGACCCACCCAGUAAAAUUUUGUUACUUAUCAUAACUUAUUUACCUCCUUCUUUCCCUCUUACAAAUGAUUACUUGUUUGAGACUUUCAAAUAAUACGGAGAGAUAAAGAAAAUACUAAUAUUUGAGAGAGGAAAAACUAAUAAAGCAUUCAUUGAAUAUUAUGACAUAAAACACGCGAUCUAAGCUAGAAGAGAUAUGAUGGGUAAAUCAAUUACUACUUAGGGAGGAAGGUAUAUAUAAGUUUAAGAACCAUUAAUAGGCUUCUUAUCCAUUUUUCUCGUUUAAAGUAGCUGAAUCUCGAAGUGGUUGAUCAUACUCGAGGCACUCAAUAUUAAACUCAUGAAGUAGAGACACAACCUUAACCUUAAAGACAAGACUAAAAUAUUCAAAAAGCCCCAAUUUCGAUAGCAGAAGAAAUAAAACCACCUCUAAUUGAUUUAACUUAAGUGAUAAAAUUAGAAGCUGUUGAUGUGUCUAAUGCUUCGGAAGAAUCUCCAACCAAAGCAAUGUAUAAAAUUAUAAUUAAUUUAAAGUAUGGAAACACAAUUAAAAUAAUUGGAACGUAUAUUAGAUGAAGAUUAUGCAAAUGAAGUAGCACGAUCCAAUCUUAAUUAAUUUGAUGAAUAAUAAUAAGUCAUUAAUGAAUUACUGGCUUAAAAACCAUCAAAAUAUUUGAAAAUAUAAAAUAUAGAUGAGAGAGUCACUUCCAAAAUGCUUUAUAACAUGUUUAAUAGAUUUGGACAUUUGAAUUCAUUAUUAUUGAUAAAGAAAGAUAAUUCAGCUAUCUUAUAAUUUGCUAAUAUUGAUCAUGCUACUAUUGCAAAAGAACUCCUCAAUAAUAUGAUGUUUUUCAAUAGAGAAGUACUGUAUAACUCUAUUAUUCUUAGAUAAGAAUAUUAUUUCAUUAGAUUGAUAACCUUGAAACAUCAACUCCUAAUGAAGAAUAUUAUGUUGGUAGCCAAACCAAAUUCAAAAUUGUUCCUCUUAGCAAAGUUCUAGUUUUCUCUGGAAUCAGUGAUCUCCUUGAUAUUCAAGACAUGGUAAAGCUUGUUGGUAAAAUUUAAGGUAAUAAUCAGUUAUACUUUUUAGAAAUUAAAUUGGAAUAGUACAGCAUUUAAAUUACAAUGGUGGAUAUAUAUGAGGCAUUGAAGGUAAUUUCAGUGUUCUCAGAAUAUGAGUAUAAGGGGAACAAAAUUAAUCUAAUUCUUAAAUGAUUUAUAAAAAUGUGUAUAUAACAACA